GAUGGCAUCCCGAACAUGAUCCCGGAGGCAGCCCGGACGACGCGGAAGCGGCCCCCGGCGGAGGGCUCGGAGCAGCCGUGAGGGCGCCGCGCCGAUGGCAGCGGGCGGCCUGCUCCCCUCCCUGCCCACGCUGACCGUGCUCGUUCCUCUCCUGUCCCUAGCGGGCUUGUUCUACUCGGCCAGCGUGGAUGAAACCUUCCCCCAGGGCUGCACCAGCACCAACAGCUUGUGUUUCUACAGCCUCCUGCUUCCUGUCACGAUACCGGUUUAUGUGUUCUUCCACUUGUGGACUUGGAUGGGGAUUAAGCUUUUUAGGCACAAUUAGCGCAGUGCCUCUGCUAACCCCCUGGGCUUCUCUAGAGCAACGCAGUUUGUUUAAUUUAGCCAGGUCUCGCAAUUGAUCUGAAACUUCUGUUGUGGCGCUGGUGACUGUCAGUAUUUUCCUGGUGGUGUCUGAACUGUAUGCAGUCCUCUGCAACAGGCCUGUUAAUUACUGUGAAGGAAGAGGAGGAGGAGAACUAACAAAGUCUCUAGUGGCUACUGAAAAUCUGCUAGGGGGUAACCAUCUGUGCUAGACAACUGCACCCUAACUGAAAUAACAUCAAAUAAUAAGCAGUGACAACA